GGAAGUUUUUAUUAACAAAUUUCAGCAUGAGAAACUGAGUGUUAGGAGCUGCAAGGAUGGAAGCGCCAUUAGUGAUAAAAAGUCUAGUUCAGAACAAGACUACUUGCCGGUGAAGAGCUUGAAGGAUGCCAAAUUUGUUUUCUGCACAGAGACAGUGAAGAUAUGGAGAAUUGCAUUCCCUCUUGCAUUGUCAUCGCUAUUCCAGUACCUCACUCUCUCCAUAAUUUCCAUCUAUGCUGGCCAUCUUGGAGACCUUGAGCUUUCUUCCAUCUCUGUUUACCAUGGUGUCAUAGCUUCCAUCUAUUUUGACUUGCUGUCUGGCAUGUCAAAUGCAUUGGUGACACUUUGUGGUCAAGCUUUUGGAGCAGGGAAAUUUCAACAUGCUGGCAUUUAUCUCCAAAGGUCAUGGAUUAUACAAAUUGCCACUUGUGUAAUCCUGUUGCCUAUUUAUGUGUUUGCCACUCCAAUCCUAAAGCUUCUUGGCCAAGAAGAAGAAAUAGCUGACCUUGCAGGCAAAUACUCUAUUAAAGUCAUUCCUUACAUGUUUUCCUAUGCUAUUGGUUUUCCCACCGUGAGAUUUCUUCAUGCCCAGAGCAAGGUUAAUGUUAUUGUGUGCAUAUCAUUUGUGACUUUGCUCAUACAAAAUGGGAUGCUUUACAUUUCACCUAUGUGUUUGGUUGGGGCAUAAAUGGUUUAGCCAUUGGAAAUAAUAUCACUGGGGUAGGAAUGUCUGUGGCUAUGGUUAUCUAUGUCAUUGGUUGGUGCAAGGAAGGGUGGACUGGGUUGUCUUGGAUUGCAUUUAGGGAGUUAUGGCCAUUUACUAAGCUAAGUCUUGCCUCAUCUGUGAUGGCUUGCUUAGGGCAAUGGUAUGUUACUUGUAUUAUGCUCUUUGCUGGUCAACUAGAGAAUCCUGUUAUUGCUGUUGGUUCAUACUCUAUUUGGUAAGAUGGUCCACCCUGCACUCA